UGUCUCUUUCCCUCACCCCCCUCCCCACCAUGCCUGCUUCCUCUCUCUUCUUUCUCUCACACAGCAGAAUCUUUCCUUUCCCGAUCCAGCCACUUUCUCUCCGCUCUCCACAUUUUCCUUCCCAGCCCUCCACUUCUCCGGAUCAAUGGAUGGUACAGCUCUAACUCUUGCCUCUCACAUACAGCUGGUGGACAGCACCAGUAACAAGUGAGAGCUUUGCAUCCUUUUUAAAAAUUUUAAAAUCUUUCCCUCCAAGGAACAUCUGUCAAGCUAGCAAGGGAGAGAAUAAUCAUACCGUAGCUGUUGCCCAUUGGAUUGUCAGCGUACAAAUUUUUAUUUUAUAUUGUACUGCAGGAACGGAAGAGAUGGAAGGAGCCUUAUUCUUUUGAUGCACCCUGCUUUGCCUUUUUGCUGGAUCUCUUUCCCCCUCCCUCCAUGGAUGCUAUUCAAACAGAAGGACCUCCUGUCGCCUUACCGCUUCUUUUUCUUUGAGUUAGUUCUCUGACAUUUUCUGACUUGGAGACUGAAUGCAACUUUUAAAGAAAAUAAUAGCAGAAAAAACGGAAGCCCCGAAACCGCCUCACCUUGUUCUUGGGGAAGAACUAAAGGAACACUCCCUCCAGCCCCAGCAAAAGGGAGGAGAUCAAAGUGGCUGUGUGUAACGUGUGGGAUUGUUGCGUGUGAUCCGGACCCAAAUAUCCGUAGGUGUGUUUUGAAAUAUGGAGAAUAGCCUUGGAUGUGUCUGGGCACCAAAACUGGCUUUUCUGCUGUUUGGGAUCUCUGUCCUCACCAUGGAUCUUGAAGUCCUGGGCUCCCAGGUUAAGGGAUUUACAACAUUACGGUUCCUGAUUGAGCCUUCGGAUGCUGUUACCAUGAGAGGAAGUAACGUCUUACUCAACUGUACAGCAGAGUCAGAUCAAGGAUCUCCAGUCAUCAAAUGGAAGAAGGACGGCGCUUUUUUAAACUUGGCAGUGGAUGAGAGAAGACAGCAGUUUUCCAAUGGAUCUCUUUUGAUACAAAAUAUAGUCCAUUCCAGACACCAUAAACCUGAUGAGGGCCUUUAUCAGUGUGAAGCAUCAUUAGAAGGAACUGGAGCCAUCAUCAGCAGGACAGCCAAAGUUUCAGUAGCAGGUCCAUUGAGGUUUCUGUCUCAGACAGACUCUGUCACAGCAUUUACGGGAGACACCAUUUUGUUAAAAUGUGAAGUUGUUGGAGAACCUAUGCCUACAAUCCACUGGCAAAGGAAUCAAGAAGACCUGAUUUUGACUCCUGGUGAUACACGUGUGGCAAUCCUGCCUUCUGGAUCUUUACAAAUCAGCAAAAUUCAAGCAGGGGACAGUGGGAUUUAUAGAUGCCUGGCAAAAAAUCCUGCAAGUUCAAGAAUUGGAAAUGAAGCAGAAGUCAGAGUUUUGUCAGAUCCUGGGUUGCACAGGCAACAAUUUUUCCUGCAGAGACCGUCAAACGUGGUUGUCGUAGAAGGGAAAGACGCAGUGUUGGAAUGUUGUGUUUCUGGCUAUCCACCCCCAGUCUUUACAUGGCUGAGAGGAGAUGAAACAAUUCCAUUCAGGUCUAGAAAAUAUUCAUUACUGGCUGGUAGUAACUUGCUGAUAUCAAAUGCAACAGACGAUGAUUCUGGGACAUACACUUGUGUGGUCACAUACAAAGAUGAGAACAGCAGUGCUUCGGCAGAAUUAUCUGUAUUGGUUCCACCAUGGUUUAUCAAUCAUCCUUCAAAUCUCUAUGCCUACGAGAGUAUGGACAUUGAGUUCGAAUGUGCUGUCUCUGGUAAACCAGUCCCUACAGUGCAGUGGAUCAAGAAUGGAGAAGUCGUCAUUCCUAGUGAUUAUUUUCAAAUAGUGGGUGGCAGCAACCUGCGAAUUCUGGGGUUGGUAAAGUCAGAUGAAGGCUUUUACCAGUGCAUAGCUGAAAAUGAUGCCGGAAACGCACAGACCAGCGCACAGCUAAUCAUCCCUGAGCCUGAUGUGCCUACGACAAUUCUCCCCACCAGCCCCCAAACCCUUGUACCAUCAGCCUCUCUGACGUAUUCCUCUCCUUCCCCUUCUUUAGCUAUCCCAAGUUCAAGUAUCCUCCCCUCUGCUCCCCGAGAUGUGGUCCCUGUUUUGGUCUCCAGUCGGUUUGUCCGUCUCAGUUGGCGUCCCCCUGCGGAGGCGAAGGGAACCAUCCAGGCAUAUGCUGUGUACUUCUCUAGGGAAAGUGUCAACAGGGAGCGGGCUCUGAACACAUCGCAGUCCGGCGUGCUCCAGCUCACAGUAGGGAACCUGAAACCUGAAGAGACCUACACUUUCCGAGUGGUGGCAUACAAUGAAUGGGGACCAGGAGAAAGCUCGCACCCCAUAAAAGUGGCAACACAACCUGAAUUGCAAGUUCCAGGACCAGUAGAAAACCUACGGGCUGUAGCUGUUUCACCUACCUCAAUUCUUAUUACAUGGGAACCCCCUGCCUAUGCAAAUGGUCCAGUCCAAGGAUAUAGACUAUACUGUACAGAAGUAACCACUGGAAAAGAACAGAAUAUAGAAGUGAAUGAUCUAUCAUACAAGUUGGAAGGGCUAAAGAAAUUCACAGAAUAUACACUACGAUUUCUGGCCUAUAAUCGUUAUGGACCUGGAGUGUCAUCUGAUGACCUGACUGUCAGGACCCUUUCAGAUGUUCCAAGUGCUAUGCCUCAGAAUGUCUCCUUGGAAGUGGUGAACUCAAAGAGCAUCAAAGUGAGUUGGCUACCUCCACCCACAGGUAUGCAAAAUGGAUUUAUCACCGGCUAUAAAAUCCGACACAGAAAGACAGCCCGAAGGGGUGAGAUAGAAACACUGGAGCCAAACAACCUCUGGUAUCUGUUCACAGGUCUUGACAAAGGAAGCCAAUACAGUUUCCAAGUAGCAGCUAUGACAGUCAAUGGAACAGGACCCUCCUCAGAUUGGUAUACUGCAGAAACUCCAGAGAAUGAUCUUGAUGAAUCUCAGGUUCCUGACCAGCCAAGCUCUCUUCAUGUCAGGCCUUUGUCAACCAGCAUCGUAAUGAGCUGGACACCGCCUCUGAAUCCAAAUAUCGUUGUACGUGGAUACAUCAUUGGCUAUGGCGUGGGCAGCCCAUAUGCUGAGACGGUGCGAGUAGACAGCAAACAGCGAUACUAUUCCAUUGAACACUUGGAACCCAGUUCCCACUAUGUCAUCUCUUUGAAAGCUUUCAACAAUGCUGGGGAGGGUGUCCCUCUUUACGAAAGUGCCACCACCAGAUCUCUGACAGAUCCCAUUGACCCAUUAGAAGUUGAUUUUUAUCCUUUGCUUGAUGAUUUCCCUACCUCAGUCCCAGAUAUCUCCACCCCCAUGCUCCCACCAGUAGGUGUCCAGGCCGUAGCAUUAACCCAUGAUGCGGUGAGGGUCAGCUGGGCAGACAACUCUGUCCCCAAGAAUCAGAAGACAACUGAGGUUCGAUUUUACACCGUCCGAUGGAGGACCAGCUAUUCAACAAGUGCUAAAUACAAGUCAGCAGACACAACAGCACUGAGUCAUACAGUAUCAGCUCUUAAGCCCAAUACCAUGUACGAGUUCUCUGUGAUGGUUACAAAAGGUCGAAGGUCAAGUACAUGGAGUAUGACAGCUCAUGCUACUACAUAUGAAGCAGCCCCAACCUCUGCUCCCAAGGAUCUGACAGUCAUUACUCGUGAAGGCAAACCUCGGGCUGUAAUUGUGAGCUGGCAGCCUCCGUUAGAAGCCAAUGGGAAAAUUACAGCAUACAUCCUUUUUUACACCUUGGACAAGAACUCCCCCAUUGACACUUGGGUUAUGGAAUCCAUCAGCGGUGACCGGCUUACACAUCAAAUCAUGGACCUCAAUUUGGACACUGUCUACUACUUUCGAAUACAAGCUCGUAACGCCAAAGGAGUUGGACCACUCUCUGAUCCUAUUCUUUUCCGGACUCUAAAAGUGGAACAUCCUGACAAAAUGGCUAAUGAUCAAGGUCGCCAUGGAGAUGGGGUCUAUUGGCCAGUUGACACAAACUUGAUCGACAGAAGCAGCCUUAAUGAACCUCCCAUUGGGCAAAUGCAUCCUCCGCAUGGAAGUGUAACACCCCAGAAGAACAGCAAUCUUCUUGUUAUCAUCGUUGUCACUGUUGGAGUUGUGACUGUGGUUGUAGUGGUAAUUGUGGCUGUGAUUUGUACUAGGCGAUCAUCAGCACAACAGAGGAAAAAGCGUGCAACUCACAGUGCUGGCAAGAGGAAGGGAAGUCAGAAAGACCUGAGACCUCCAGAUCUUUGGAUACACCAUGAAGAGAUGGAAAUGAAGAAUAUUGAAAAGCCAUCAGGUUCUGAACCACCAGGAAGAGACUCACCCAUGCAAAGCUGUCAGGACAUCACUCCAGGCAGCCACAGCCAAUCUGAAACUCAGAUGGGCAGCAAGAGUGCCUCACAGUCUGCUCCUGACACAGAAGAAGUAGGAAGCAGCAUGUCCACAUUGGAACGUUCCCUGGCAGCUCGCAGGGCAACACGUGCCAAACUCAUGAUUCCUAUGGACUCACAACCCAGCAAUCCUUCUGUAGUCAGCGCCAUCCCAGUCCCAACAUUAGAAAGUGCUCAGUACCCAGGGAUUCUGCCUUCACCGACAUGUGGAUACCCACAUCCUCAGUUCACGCUCCGACCUGUGCCAUUCCCAACACUCUCAGUUGAUCGGACUUUUGGGACAGGAAGAACAGUGAGUGAAGCACCAGCCCCACAACAAACGACCAUGUUACCACAAUCACAGCCUGAACAUCCCAGCAAUGAGGAUGCCCCAAGCAGGACAAUUCCAACAGCAUGUGUCCGGCCUACGCAUCCUCUCCGCAGCUUCGCCAACCCCUUGCUACCUCCACCAAUGAGUGCAAUAGAACCGAAAAUCCCUUAUACACCACUUUUAUCUCAAACAGCACCCAGCCUCACGAAGGCUCAGGUUAAGACAGCAUCGCUUGGACUAGCUGGAAAAGCAAGAUCUCCUCUUCUUCCCGUCUCAGUGCCAACAGCCCCAGAAGCAUCAGAAGAGGGUCACAAACAAACAGAAGAUCCUGCAAAUGUAUAUGAACAGGAUGAUUUAAGUGAACAGAUGGCUAGUUUGGAGGGGCUAAUGAAGCAACUUAAUGCCAUCACAGGCUCAGCCUUCUGAUAGUUUUGGAUGAUGAAUGGAAGAAUGGAGUUACCCAGGAACAUUGCAGCAUACCAGCUUUUCAAACAUACCACCACCCAAAGUCCUCAUCUGCCGUGAAGCUAACCGAUGCACCGCCAAACCCUGUUCUAAGGAUGGAUCUCACAGUGUUCAUACAGAUCAAGCAACAGCACUGAGGAGCACUGAGGAGCAAGAAACAAGAUGUUGGGACACUAGCACACACCUCUUAGUAGUGGUGGUUUUGAUCUUCUGGCCUUAGUAGCGCACCAGUGGUAGAGUGGAGGGAAGUCAUAGUUUAGACCUGCUUCACAUAUUAUCCUGUUGUUAGCAUCUUAUGGCUUUUAAGUGACCAAUGCUUGCAUUUCCCCACAUGACACAUACAAUAUUUUCUAAAAUGAAAUUCAAAUUAAAUUGUGGGAUUAUGUUUCCUUGUAGAAAUUCCUAAGAACUGAACGUAUUCCCCAUGGAAUGUCUAUCUUUGGUUAGAUUGUCAUUAAGUGAUAUUGUCUCAUUUUAAAAUAACAACAACAACACUGGAGACUAAAUGAAAACCCAUAGGAUUCUUCCACUUAUUGUGAAGUCCAUUACAAAUUAUGCCUGCAUAUCCACCAGACAUGUCAUGGUCCCGCCCUAUGUCUGUCAUCAUGAUGCUAGCCAUCUUUUCCUUCUACCUGUCCUCUCAUUCCCUCAAAUUUACCUUUGUGAAAAAGAUAGAGCCUUCAGCAGAAUGUGCUUACAGAAAUAGUAAAGGCUUCAGGGCUGGGGACUUGUGUGGGACAUCGAUUAAUGGUGGAGAGCCUGAGUCAGUUCUUCUCGCCUUCAUCAUUAAUAGAUACUGCACAUGAAUGUUCAAAUUCUCUAAAAUUUGAUUGAUGCAUCUAUUGCAAGUCCUCUCUAUCAGCCAUUGUCAUCCAUUCAAAAAGGUAAGCUUGGGACAAGUGGAAAGAUCAGGUGGCAUUCUCCUCCCAAUGUAUCCUAAAAAUCAGUUUUACAGUUCUUGUAGGAGAAGCGUUGGGUUUUCUUUAAAAGGUCUCCAAGGAUGCUUUGAAAAAUGUAAGCCAAUCAUGAGCUGACUUGGAGGAAAUUUUCUUCAUUAAUUUCCCACUGGACAUAAAAAAAAAACAAAGAAACAAGCCUACUGUUUAUUCUUCAGGAACAACACUAGCGGAAUUGCUAAGGAAGUUAAGUGGCUUUCUCUAUGUUUUGUGUAUCUAUAACACCAGUUUUAAUCAUCAAAUUUAAUUGUGCUAUGAUUUAAAUUGAUCACAAGCAAUAGUUUGACAUUUUAAACAAGAUCAUUACCAAAUUCUGUGGAACAAGAAACCAAGUAGGUCAAUUUCCCAGUUCCAAUGGGGUCAUCAUGAAAAUAUGUGAAGCAGGUGUUGGAGGCCAUUCUUUCCUUCCUCAGAGGUUUGUUAUGUAAUGAUGUAGACCAUACAAGAGCAUUACAACAUGCAUCUCAAGGCACUGUGAAAUCAUAUGUAAUGUGUAACUCCACUUCUUUGUUUUCCUUCGUAUUUUCAGUGAUAAACAUCAGCACAUAGCACCAAAGGGUUGGUAUAUUCUCAACAGCACAAAAAAAUGAACGCAAAUAACAGUAAUGCUCUCUCUCUCUAGCUAUCUAUCACAUAACAUAAGUGACUGAGCAAUUUUUGAGAGAAAUGGACCACUGGUGCAAAUCUCCUUGGAGUUACAUAUAUGCUUCAAAAGGGUUAUUAGUAGUGAAUGUGCAAAUUUGGCAGGCUGCUAGUAUCUAUAUGCAUCCGAAAACAUAUGUAAUAUACAGUACGGCCCCCUUACCUACAAGACCAGUACCCAAAAUUUCACCUGCCCACAUCUGACAAAAUAUGUGCUUUCUGGGAAUGUUCUAGUUCCUCCAGGCAAUACUAUGGUAAGCUUCCACCAGAAGUUAAUAGAGUCAUCCUUGAGGACAUUAGCAAAUUCUAGGAAUAUUCAAGAUCCUCAAGGGUGAGUCUAUGGGAACUUCUAGUGAAAGUCAUUCAUUUUAAUAGUAUUAUCCACAGUUUUGUUUCUAUGGUAAAUUCAGGAAUGUAUCUGUGGAUAUGGAGGUCGUACUGUAAAAUUGUCUUAUUCAAGUACAAAGAAGAGAGGCAAGCAAUACAGAUGUGCUACUGGAAAGGAAUCCACCACUAAUUUGCCUCUACUUCAUCCUGAUGCAAGACUGUUGAGUUUCAUAGGUCUGCAAGACAGCUAUUCAGUAGGACAACUUCUCCACUUUAAGGAAAGUAGGUCCUAUUGUAAGACAGAACAGAAAUGGAACUGUGAGAUUACUUGUGCCAACAGAUAAGUCCCUAGAAUAGAUUGUGAGAGUCAUGCUAUGUCCAUUUUGCCUGUACUCUGGGGGAUGUACACAGUACAAAUGUUUACAGACAAGCUACCAGAAAGUUAGAGGACAAGAGGGAAAUACAAGGUCUUUCUUUAACAUUUUCAUACUGCUUUCAUCCAGUGGCUGAAAGCAAAACUAGCCCUAGUUACAUCAGGAUUCUGGUUAGGAACAUAAAUAAUUCUUUUCUUCAAGCUCUCAUUCCACUAUUCUGGAUUUUAUUGCUGUGUUUUUACAUUGACAUUCAGAACUGGCGAUAUGAACAAAAUGUUGCAUGCUCACUUCUCAUUGCUGUACUUUCUGCAUUCAUUCAGAGUUAAUCCCUGUUUUCACAGGCAAACCACCAAAAAGCAACUAAAUUUGCAUAUUUAUCAGUUAUGAGGCUGCAAAAACCCAAUAAGAAGGUUUCAGCUGAAUUAUUACAUUCAGCACUCUCUUUGAUUUCAAGCUUGAGUAGGUCAUAAUUUUAAAAGAGCAUGGAAGGGAGAGAGGAUCUUUACAUCCUAAUAGCUCUUUUUAUUAGGAAGGUAAUUAUAUGUGAAUUCCUGAAUAAAAUAUCUGGAAUAAAAUGGCACAGCUUCAGAAGUAAAAAUUCAGCAAGCUUUAAAAAAUACAGUAUCAUAUUGGGUAGGAGAUUAGAGUUUGAACAGAUGAUCCACUCAAAAUGCUAGUAUAUUUGUGAAAAUACAUCCCCACCCCUCGCCUCACGUUGUUUAUUCAAUUUAGUCUGGAAUUUUAAGGCAACAUUUUUAAUAACUAGGCAGGCUUAUUUAGGAGGUUGAGUUUUUAAUGUUCUGACCAAUUGGGGAUGGCACUCAACUGCAUCCAGUUGUAUGGAUGCUGCAUAGCUCAAUCUCUUCCUUAAAUAAAAGCAAGAAUGGCAAGAUUACUUUCCCAACUUGGCAAGUACAAAAAAACCUCUUGAGUAUUUUGAGUAGUAUCAUAACAAUGGAUUUUGCUGUUACGUUCCCUAGAAACAUUUCUGAACCUGGAUUUAAAAAGAAAAUCUGUUCAUGCAAAAACUGUACAAAUGAAAGCAUUUUCUAUCUCUGUCUUCACUUUCUGCUAUGCUAGUCUGGGAGCAGAUGUUUCUACUCUUUCCAAUGAGUAUACAGGACCUCGUCAUUUCUCCAUACCUUUAGGGAUAUAAUAAGCACUUUCACUUAGUUAUUUUGUGACUUCCAUAGAAACUAUCUUAUGGAGGUAGGUUUUUAUGUGGUUUGUUUUUAAGUCUUCAAAAUCUUUCUUUUCUUUAGUUGUGAGGAAGAUGGUUUGUUUAACUUAAUACAGCUUACUUUUCUGUUGAUUCAGCAGUCAAACUAUUUUCUUAUGACAAAACAGUGCAUUUAAAAUAAAUACCAUGUUCUCAGCUUCUGACAUCAAAGACCAUUGCAUAUUCUGCAUGGGAAAGAAAUGCUAACCAUGGAUUAAUCAUAGAGAAAACACUUAAUUACACUGAUACUGAUAAUGGACAAUGGAUCUAAAACAGGCAUGGCCAAGCUUCUGUCCUCCAGGUGUUUUGGACUUCAAUUCCCACAAUUCCUAACAGCCUGUAAGCUGCCUGGGAUUUCUGGGAGUUGAAGUCCAAAAAACCUGAUCUAAAGUAAUGUCUAUUUCUACAGCCUUCCACAGAAAUGUUUGGUUCGAAUCCACUGCAAUUCAGUCCAUCUUAUAUCAGGAAACUGUCAUUCAGCAGAAAGAACUUGUUUAGCAUUCAAACUGAUAAUGGUCUUUAAUAUUGUAGAAGAUCAAGGUCAUUGCCUAAUGUAUGGGAGAUGCCACCCAAUUUUAUUCCAGCAGAAUCAGAUAUAGACUCUCAAAACCCUCCACACUACCAUUGAACCAUACAUUGUCUAAGAAAAUUCUAUAGAAAGUAUCAGAGGCCAAAGAAGAAGACUCUGUCUCUUCAAUGUUUAGGGAUGUCAGGACCUGGAAGGAUAGACUUUCAUUUUUUCUUGCCAAGGUAGCCUGAUUCUUUACUAUUCAAAAAUAGAAUUUUAUGUUUUCACGUAAAAUUGAAUGCCACCUCUAUGAAGGGUAGAUGUAUUUUAUUGUUAUUGAGAUUAGGCUAUUCCAUUGAAUUUUACAUUAUUUUGGUGCAAAAUACCUAUCUUAACCUGCUUAUAAACACUCAAGCCAUUGGAUCUAAUUUUAUACAUAUGUACCAAAAAUCAAUUCAUUCCUAUUAAUCAACUGUCCAGAAGAAAGAGAAUGGGCUUCAAUUCAUUCUCAAUACUUGUAAUUUCAACACUUGUUGAAAUUGAAGGUAGUCUCUCUCACAUAUAUUCUUCCUCAAUGAAUUUUUAUGAUUUCCUCCUAUUUUUCAGGUGCUUCUAUUUAACAUCAUUGGUUUCUGUGCUUUACUCUUAGAGGAAAGCUUCUAAAAUUAAACCAUAUUAUUUGAGGUGUCUGUGCAACUGAGUUUCCAUAAAGGGUGUAAAAGGAAUAGGUGUUUCUCCAUUGUAAGAACUUUUCAAGUUUUUGCAUAUAUUGAUUACUGACUUCUUGUUAUGGAUUUCACAUUUCUCUCCAUUCUUGACAUUUUUACUGCUCUUGAUGAAUACUUUAGAAUAUAUAAAGAAUUCAAUUAAUUGAGCUUAUUCUAGAUAGGCUUCACAAUUGUGCCUUGCCCCCUUCCUCAGACAGAGCAUCAUCAAUCAUAGAUUUUGCAACCCAUUUUAUCUGUCCUUGAUAAAAUACUACACUGAUAUUCAUCAUAAUCAUGAUUCCUACCAUCUUCUUGACUAUGUCCAUCUUCAAAAGAGGACAAGGUCAAGUGCUGAAGAUUCUGUUCCCAGAUAUGAUAUUGUUCAUCUAGUCUUAUGUGAGCCCUUUAAUUUCACAUUUCUGACAUACUCCAAGUAUAUCUUCAAAAUUUACAAGAGAACAGACUGUAUGCUCUCACAAAGCUUAACCUGCCCUAAGAAUGUCUUCUACAUCUUCUCCCCCCUGGCAGACCAUCCAGUAUUAUCACAGUAAGAUAUUUCCCCAAAAUGAACAGUUGGACAAAUCUGUACAUUUUGCUGUUUCCCUCAUUGAGGCUUUAAAAAAAUCCCAAAUUCUAUUUAUAAAGGAAGCUAACUUGGAAGAAGUUAUUCUAAGAAGUUAACUGAAUCAACUUUUUAGCCGAAUUCAGAACAUCUGCUCCAAGCCUGUGAAAGACUUCCUUGUUUCUGCCUGUUAUGUAUCUAAUAAAGAUGAGGCAUUCCCCAGGAGGAAAAUAAGAGUUGGCAACCCUAAAUCAGUACUUCAACCAUAAAAUCAUAGAACUGGGAGAGACCAAAAAGGCCACCCAAUCCAACUGCAUUCUACAAGGCAGGAACACACCAUCAAAGCACUCCAAACUGAAGGGCAUCCGGUCUUUCUUUAAAAAUCUCCAGAGAAGGAGACUUCACCACACUCCCAAGCAGCAUAUUCUGCUAUAGAACUGCUCUUGCUAUCAGGAAGUUUUUUUCCAAAUAUUUAUAUGGGAUAUUUUUCCCUUUAGUCUAAUCCAUUGCUGCAUACAACAUCUUCAAGCCUCUACAUUCCAGGGCAUAUGCUCUUCAAGCCUAUGGUAAUGAUUUGCAACCCCUUUACUUUAAUAUAGAUUUUUGAGUAGCAGAUAUAUUUGUGAACAAAGCCAGUUUGCAUUCAGAGCUUUGUUUAUAUUUACCAUUUCUGCUGAUAUGCAGAGGUAAAGUGGCAUUUUGAUCUGACAUUACCUUUCUGUGUAAGCUGCCAUUCCACGUACCACUUCUCUUGGAAAUGUAAAAAAGUUCUGUGGGGUGCUUGAUGUAUCCUCUAUAUCCAAGGGCUUUGACUUUCCGUCUUCUUCAUCUGCAGACUCCCCAAGGGAUAUAGUUUGUGUCUUAUGUUUCCUUUUUCAAGGAUAAAUGUAUUCCUUCCCAAAUAACCCACUGACUUAUUUGCUUUCCCUAGUUGAUCCCAACACUCCUAAUAGUCUUAAGGACAUUCUGCCACAUGCAAGAUAAGAUCAGCUUUUCUCCACUUCUACAUAAGCCUUGUCUUCAAUUUUAACCAGGUUUUCUGCUGCUUACUCAAAUAUAUAUUCAGUAAGUCAUCUUGUAGGAUCUGUCUUGGAAUUUCAUAUGCGUUAGAUUAUAGCUUGUCACACAGUGGAGCUACACAAAAGAAAAAAAAAGUGGGGUAAACCUGAAACUAGUUUUUUUCAGCGUGGUUAUUUGUGCAGUCAUACAACCCAUUUCUUGCCCUGGUGCUGUUACUGCUUAACUAUAUUAGCUUCUAUCAUAGAUGAGAAGAAGGAAGUAAACAGUUGAGUCCAUCCUCUAUUGUCCAGGACAUGUGCUCAUAUGGCCAGAGCCAGAUCACACCAACGUGUGUGCCAGGAAAGUUCCAGAGAUGAUCUGCAUGGGUGAUUGAUCCACUUAAACAAAUCACAAUUGCUUUUCAAAAACAACCCUUAUCAGCUAUAAAUGAACAAUUUGCCUGUGUCUGAUAAUAGAGAAUGAAUGGAAAGCCUGUGGGUAUUCAUUCAGUGUAUGAUCCCCAUGAUAAUGUUAUAUGAUGUUAAAAGAUACCUUGUUCCUACUGAAAAUAUUCUCAUCCUUACUGUAAAGUAAAAAGGAGUGUCAUAAUUACUGAAAGUAGCCAUAUAGAAAUAGCACUGAAUCAAUGAGGGAAACUGAAAACCAUGUUCUGUGUUGUCUUGGAAAUAUUCUUUUGAGGCUAUGUAAUGGUGAGGGUCUACUUUAUUGAAUAUAAUAAAUGCUUUGCAUUUUAAUAUAUGAAUAGGAAAGCAAAUAUACCCCACCAGACAAGAACCUGGUGUCUGACAGAAAAAUCACAAGUUUGCACUGUUUUGAAGAGCCAUGUGACUUACCAAUUAUAGUUUUCAUGGCCCCUCUUCAUGCAUACUUGCAUAUUUUUUUGGAAAUUUAAAAAGCAUACAUUUCCAACAGGUCCUACUCCUGUCUUUAAUUGUGGUUUUAAGAUGUUGUUAAGGAAAAUUGGUCUUUGAUAGCCACUCCCUCCUAGCUGAUUCUGUGACAGACUAGUUCAAACAGAAUGCCAUAAUCUGAGACUAUGUAAUUUUUGGUUAGCUAUCUUAGCAUUGUUCUCAUGUUUCCCCAAUCAUCUCUCCUCUCAUUUCCUCGUCUUUCCCCUUCCUCCUCCUUUUUUAUUUUUCUUCUUGCCCUCUCUUUGAGACCAGUAAUAACAGCAUGGUAUAUAUAUACAUAUAUACCAUAAAGCCAUUGAGGCCAAUGGUAUCUCACUGUUAUGCUGUACAUGUCUUUUGAUGAAGAAUGAGGAAGUGAUGCUGGUAGAUAGAAGGAACAAUGCUGUUUUUAUUAUUGUAAAAUAGAUCUGGCAAUGCCUACCUUUGUGAAUUGCCAUCAUGUUUGGGUGAGGGAGGGUAGGGCAGGGAGGGAAGGGGGUACUUUUUAUAAGUAAUAUUUAAUUUAUUAUUUAGAGUGCUUUCCUUGGGAUAAUUUAUGAUUAGGGGGAAGGGAUAUCUGGUUGAGACCUAGAGCAGGAUGUUAAAGCUGUGGUGUAGCUCAUGUUAUGUAUGUAUGUAUGUUGAUUUUUGGAUCAACAAUUUCCUCUUCUCAUACCAAUCUCAGUCACGUUGAAGCAAUGCUAUCCACACAGAUUUUACCUGAAACUGAAAAUAACAAAUACACAUAAUCCCACCAAAUAUUUCAUUAAUUGGUAUGGAAUAUAUUUGCAGGUGCUUCUGUCAAACUUUUAAAAGUUUUGAUAUCUGUUCAUUCCAGUGUAAUAACUUACAUGUUUCAUUAAUAUGUUGACAUCAGUGUGAUUUUGAAAAUAAAUUGUCCCACAGUAAAAUAAAAUUUUUCCACAAGGAAAUACCAAAAGUAGGGACCAUUGAAUAUUGGUUUUUGAUUGUUCUCAGCCUCCUAGCCACAAGCACAUAUUAAAUCUUAUGUAUGCAUCUGUACGUGAUUUUUUAAAAAGUCCACUCAAACUGGAGACAUAUUGUCUGGAACACCUUAUAAUUAUGAAGGUUAAUUGUGAGCUUUUGAUGUCUUGGUUUGGGCCAUAAUAACCUAGAGAAUUUUUUUACAGUAUUUAUAUUCUGCCCUUCUCAUCCCGUAGGGGACUCAGGGUGGAUUACAAUGUAAUAUACAUGGCAAACAUUCAAUGCCAUAGACACACAACGUACAUAGACAGACACACAGAGGCUGUUUAACUUUCCAGCUUUCAUGAGGGUAAUCUGGCCACCAGGGGAGCUGUCGUUUCACCAUCCAUUUGAGACACUGAAGGAGUACUUCCUUAUUGCUUGCUUGCUUGCUUGCUUGCUUGCUGGAGAUUUUAUGGUGUCGUAAAUUCGUUAAAUUAGCCUCCCCGCAUAAGUGGUACCUAAAUUUCCUAUUUGACAGAUGCAACUGUCUUUCAGGCUGCAAAGGUUGACAGCAAGCUACACACAAUGGUUGGAAGCUAACUCUGACACACACAGGCUUCAAACACAUGACCUUUUGGUCAGCAGUGAUCUUAAUGCAGCUGUCUUCCAGCCAACUCCAAAUGGAGUCCCCUUAGUUAAAUGUUGGGUUCAUGAAAAAACUGGCGAAAGGAAAAGGCUUCUGAAUGCCACCCAUUUACACCAUUCUGUUCACAAUAAUGUGUAGUGUUUACAGUAAACGCUGCAGAAGAUGCUUCAGCUGCAUUUCAUAAAAAGGGAAAUCACCCUGUUUAGCAAGCCUUGCAAAUGCUGAUUUGUUAUCAGGAAAUGUUUGGUUUUUAUACAUAUUUUUAUACUUAUAUAACUGGAGUCUCAUAAAAUUUUCUCAGGUAGAAAGAGGUAAUGAGUGGGAAAAGUUCAAGAAGCUCUGCUCUAAAUCACUGAGCAGGAUUCACUGGGAUGUUGUACUAAGUCAAACAGGAUUUUCAUGGACUUCUGUGCAAUCCCCAUUUAAUUUAUUCUAGCUUUUUCAGGAUAACCUUUCAGUGGACAGAAUCUCACAAUCCCCUCAAUCAAUAAAAGCAGUAGAAAUAAUUGGUAUAUAAUAUAUUAAACAUUAUCCCUUCUCAGUUUUUGAUGAAAUUGUGUAUAGAUACAUCAUGGAAGCAUUUUGAUGGACUGUGUCCUUGUGUGACUUCUAAGAGAUCCCCCAUGGAGUAACACUCAAGUUAUUCUAUGAUUAUGAAGAGAGGAUCCAUACGUGUCAAUAUCUCUAUAUUGGGAGGCAUUUAUUCAAGAGGAGUUACAUCACAGCUUUAACUAGCCUUAGGAGAAAAAAAUCUUGUUCUGACAAAAAGCCUAAAGUUAGGCAUUUUGAGCCUACAAAGGUUUUCUUUGAAUUGUUGGACUCUAGCAUUGUUAACCAAACUAGAUUAGUGACUGCAAUAUUUAAGUGUAAAUUUCAUUCUGCCAGAAAGGGAACUUGAUUAGGGUUUGAAAAUAAAUGACUGUUUCUACACAACCUUGUAUACUACGACUACAUGAAGAAAAUGGGGAGGGUUUUGUAAUGUACUGUAGAACAGUCUCAUAUUCAUUUUUUAUAGAAAUGGUAUUCCAAUGGUGCAUUUUCUUUUGUUUAAUAAAUAAAGUUUUGAUACAAAAA